AUGUUGAUGAUGAAUGACGUCGAAAGUGAUGAUGAUGUUCCACAAUACUACUCAUUCACAUCAUCAAUGUAUAGUGGCUCCGAUGGUAUACAGCACAUACAUCGUGAGGAAGUUGAUUCAAAGAGUGGUCUCCGCAAAGUUUUGAUACAAAGCGUGUCGGCAACAAGUCUCUCACAGUUCAUGAAGUUACUGACAAAGAUGGUAAAGUUGAGAAACACGAGACAAUGA